GCCUUCCUGGUCACUGGUGGGUUUUGCCCUGCGAGGGAGGGAGCGCGAGCGCUACGUCAAAACCUUACACCCUCCGUUUUUUUAAUAUAAAUAUACAUUUAUUAUUUCUUCGUUUGGUCACGAAAUAUUCUCUCAGUUUUACUCCCUGGAAUUACUCGCGCAAUAAUAAGUGAAGAUGCCUGCUGUAAGGUAUCAGAGCGGGGAGAUGGUCAUGGGCCGCUGGCCUGGCAGCAGCCUGUAUUACGAGGUGAAGGUGCUGGGCUUCGAUGCAGAAAGCAGUCUCUACACCGUCAUCUACAAGGAUGGUACCGAGCUGGAGCUCAAGGAGCCAGACAUCAAGCCUGCUUCAGGAUUCCAGACCCGGCCUCGCUCUCGGUCCCGCUCUCCGGGCCGUCGGCGCAGCCGCUCUCGUUCCCCGGCGAGGACCACGCGCCGCACGUCCUCCCGCACCGCGGCUGCCAUCAUCACCGAUGCCGCUGUGCCGUCCCACAGGGACACCAGGCUGAAGGAUUCACUAGAAGUCAGGCUCAGUCCCCUGAAACAGACCAAGGCAGCAGUGAACAAUGGCAACAAUAAGCAUGCGAAGAAAGAGGAGAAUAAUACUGCUAGUAACAAAGGUGAGGCCACGGCAGAGGCGGGGCCUGAUAAGGGCCAGUGUCGGUACAAUCUGCGCCGCAGGAAGGACGAUGCAGACGCCAAACCAGCUGCAGCCAAACCAGAGCAGCUGGUGGAGGAGGAUGCCAAGCCGGCUGCAGCCCCCGGCGCCCCCACCACCACCCCGCUGGACUUUGGAGGCAAGAUAGGAGCAUUUUUCUGGCUGCUCUUCCUGCCCUCCUGGGUUUUCUUCCUGGUCCUCCAGGUGAACCAGGAGGACCCCAGUCUGACCAACUCUCCUCCCCUCCUGCCCCCUCCCGGAGCCUUCUGGGAUGCUCAGGCUUUCGGCUUGGUGGUCCUCUGGAUCGUAUUUCAGGCUGUGCUCUACACACUCCCUGUUGGAAAGCUGAGCGAGGGCAUGCCGCUUCGGUCCGGGGAGAGGCUGAAGUACAGAACCAAUGGUUUUUUCGCCAUCUCUGUGAGCGCUCUCGCUAUAGCGGCGGCGGCGCACCAGGGCGUCGACAUCACCUACAUCCACAGCCACUUCCUGCAGCUGACUGCGGCCGCCUUCCUCGUCUCGGUCCUGCUGAGCGUCUACCUGUAUGUCCGCUCCCAGUAUGCUGCCUCGGAGCAGCUGGCCCUGGGGGGGAGCUCUGGCAAUCUGCUCUAUGACUUUUUCAAAGGACAUGAGCUGAAUCCACGCAUCAGAGAAUUUGACCUGAAGUUCUUCUGCGAGAUGCGCCCUGGUCUGAUUGGUUGGUGUUUGAUCAACUUUGCGAUGGCGUUGGCUGAGAUGAAGCAGCAGGGUCUGGAUGCUCCCUCCUACUCCAUGCUCCUGGUGAACCUCUUCCAGCUGCUCUACGUGGUGGACGGCCUCUGGAACGAGGAGGCCAUACUGACCACCAUGGACUUGAUGCACGAUGGUUUUGGCUUCAUGCUGGCUUUUGGUGAUCUGGUGUGGGUUCCCUUCACUUACACCCUGCAGGCCUACUACCUGGUCCGCCACCCCGUCCCCCUGAGCCCCCCCGCCGCCGCAGCCAUAAUCGCACUGAAGCUUGUUGGAUUCUACAUCUUCAGGAAGUCCAACUCUGAGAAGAACGCCUUCAGGAGAAACCCAUCAGACCCCAAACUGUCUCAUCUGCAGAGCAUCCCCACUGCCACAGGAAAGAGUCUGCUGGUGUCCGGCUGGUGGGGUGUGGUCCGCCACCCAAACUACCUGGGCGACCUUUUGAUGGCGCUGGCGUGGUCCCUCCCUUGUGGCUUCAGCCACCUCCUGCCGUGGUACUACAUGAUCUACUUCGUCAUCCUGCUGGUGCACCGGGACGCCCGCGACAUGAGCGAGUGUCGGAGGAAGUACGGCUCGGUGUGGGACGAGUACUGCCGGACUGUUCCCUACCGGAUCAUUCCUGGUGUCUACUGAGGACCCCCCCACCCCACCCUUGAGCCGAGGCCUUUUCUACCUGAUAUUACGGCCUGUGAGUCCCAAAAAGUUGAAUAGGCGAUUGACAGAUUUGACUUUUUAUACUCUUAGUUGUUGUUUUUUUUAAUCCAAGAAUUUAUCAAGUUUGGUGUCUUGUUUCUGAAUCCUUUUUUUAAGUGCGAGACAAAGCAGCACCCAGUGGAGGAAUCGCCUUUUUAAAAAUAGAAUAUAAACUGGGAAUAGUUUCAAACGCUUCUGCUAGGAAUGUCUUGGAAGGAUGUAUAUUUUUGUAUAUAUACGCAUUUGUUUUAUACUUCAAGAAUAUCUCCAUUUGAAUGAUUUUUGAUUUUGGUGAGGUUUUUUUCUCCCAUAUUCAAUAUUUCACAAUAUCAGCUUGGCUAUUUUGAAUUAUUUCUUUAAGCUACACCUUCCCAGUACAACUCCACGUCCAUGUUGUGAAGGAUGGGAUUAAAUCUUCUGCACAGUGGAACUCAGGACACAGAACUUUCUUUAAAAUUUGGUUGCCUUUAGUUUUUAAAUAUUUAUUUGAAUAGACAUCUAGUUGACUUGAGUGUAAAAUGAUUUGGGAGGUUUGAAGAAAAAUGCACUGAUGUGAAAAGGCAUAUUUAGUUUUCUAGCAUACUCAGUCCCCAAGUGUAUUCGACUUGUGUUGCUACCUCAGGUACGCUCUGUGCCGCGCGGGGCCCCCCGGCCCCCCGGGGGCCUGUGUGGGCUUAUGAGCGUGAAGAAUGCAAAGUGAGUGUUUUGAUUCCAGCGUUCCGAACAAGUAACUAUGCACACGAGUCCCCGUUCUGAACCACCACGGAAUGUGGCUUCUAUCUUCAUCCUGAAGACUUUAAUGAACUUCAUGCUGUGACGACAUGGAAGCUGCCGACUGUGCGUUUUUAUGAACUGCAAUUGUGAACCCCCCAAAAAGUCGUUCCCCCCCCAUGCAGCUGUAGCUUAGAACACAAGUAUUAAUUAGAUCAUGCAUCAUUUUUCUUAUGCUGUGCUGACUGAAUUCUUUGUAAAUAGUUUGUUUGUUUACAUCAUGUUAUUUUCAGCGGUGAAAACAGGAAUGUUUCUCAUUGGAUAUUUAACACUUCUUACAGAUAAAUUGGGUUUUUUGUUUUUGAGUUAAAUCUGGCUUUUGACCACUAGUUACAUUUACUCCUAAUCCCAACAGCCGAUCAGAGAGAAGUGUGUUUGAUACUCGUAACAACACAGUGUGCUGAUGAACUUGUCCCCUUGAUCUGGAUGAGCAGGAACAAGGAAUCCUAUCCACCACAAUGGCUGCAAAAAGCUUUUCUGUACAAGAAUUUGAGUUGAAAAUAAAGAUUUACAGUAUU